AUGGCCGAACGCGUCUCUCCUUGGCGGCCAAAGCCGUCUCAGGAGGUGGUAGACCUUCUGCAUCAGCUCUCCCCAGUGGGAGCCAACGGCACGUGCAAGGAGCUGUGCAUGCACACAGUGUUCGUGAUGGUGAAAGUGCUGCGGGUGCCAGUCAGCAACCCGCUGUUGUGGCAGCUGUCCCUGAGCGAUCGUGAGUUGGAGGAGGUGCUCCGAUGCGGCACGCAGCCGGAGCGGCCGCCCCAGGAGGCCGCCAAGGCCAAGCCUGCGGCUGAAAAGACGCCUGCGGGACAGGUUAAGCGGCGGGAUGUCGAUGAGGAGGAGCCCUGCCCCAUUUGCUACGAGGACAUGUUGGGUCAGGAUCUCGACAACCUGGUGUGGUGUAGGUUCGGCUGUGGCCGGAACGUGCACGGCAAGUGCAUGGGGGUGUGGAUGGAGCACCAGGUACAGUCUCUGGGCAAGGAGCUCACCUGUCCGCUGUGCCGCUCCGAGUGGGGGGAGUUCAAAUGGCGGCCACCGCCGCCCAAGCGCAAGGCACGAGAGGAGCGCAAGGACGUGCACUACGGCACGCACUGCGGAGCCUGCAAGAAGCCCAGCAUCGGCCCCGGCGGCGCUAUCGCCGGCGUCCCGACGUCGCCACGCCACGGCAAUGCAGCCGCAGCCUCCGGUGCCCAUAUGGGUCAGCGAACUCACUCCCACACGCACCUGUCGGAUAUCGCCGGCGGUAUCACCUCGCCUCGCGGCGGCGGUGGCGGCAGCGGCAGUGGCGAUGGGGAGGCGCAUGCAGAAGCGGAGGGCGCGGGCCAGGCGGCCGGGGAGAUGAGGAGGGCGAGCGCGAGUGGCGUCGCGGGAGGCGGUGGCGGCAACGGCAGCAGCACGGCGCGAGACGCCUUGGUGAUUGGGGCGGCGGGGCAGCAGCUACAACAGCAGCAGCAGCACACGGCGGCUGCUGCGCGGCAGGCAGGUGGAGGUGGUGGAGCUGCCGCUGCUGGCGCCAGGCACCCGGUGCGGGGGACGACGAUUGCGAGGGCAGGUGCCGGGCCUCGGAUCACGGCCGAGGAGCCUCCCUCAUUGGAAGCCCGGCUGGCGGCUCAGCGGCGGCCUCUGCUGGCAGUGGAGGGUCUGACUGUGGGUCCCGGAGGGGCCGCGGCGGCUCAGGGCGGCCAGGCCGGGCCGCCGCACGACCUGUCGGACAUGCUGGUUCGUCGAGCCGCUCUGGGCCAGCCCUCCCGUCCCGUCCUGGUGCGCCGUGCUCGCUCCACAGUGACUCACGACAGGUCCACAGGCGAGGGCUCUGGGGGUGCCGGCGACCUCAACUUGGGGCUGGCUGGCGUGCCGCUCAACGCGGGUGGGGAACGCAGCUUGCACGGCGAGGCUGCAGGACCAGGAUAUGUGGGUAGGGGAUUGCGCCGCAAGCCCGAGCCGGGUCCUGGUGGUGUACAAAGAGGUCCUGGAAAGUCUGGCGGCUUCCAACGUCAUAAAACGACAUCUGUAAAGCUGCAGCCCCUUACCUCUGGUGCGGUUGCGUGGGUUCAGGGCGGUGGGGCCCCUAUGCAGAGCGGUGGGCCUCCUGCUGCCGGCCAGCCGCCUGAACUGGUGCUGCAGGGUCGUGUGGUGCUGCACGGCGAGGUGGCAUCCCCGGGACCCGUGGGUGUCCGUUGCCGGGGACCGCCACCCCGCUACAUACCCCCGCCGGAGAACCAGCAGCCCCCAGGACUGCGCCGCACGCAUUCGGCAGGCCCGCAGGGCCCGAUGACGCUUGCGGUGACCGCGCGCUCCAUGGCACCGCACCCCCUCACCCCGGAGACUCCCUCACCCGUGCCGCUGCCGCCCGCGGCGCAUCCGCCGCCGGCGGCCUCGCUGCCUGGCAACCUGCAAGGCGGCGGUGGCGGACCCUAUGGGCCUGCUCCGUACGGCAACGAGACGUAUGGUGGUGCCAUCCAGUACGACGAUAACGUGCUCAUGGCUUUCACGCACCAUAUCCCGGGCCCGGGGUCGAGUUUCCGCCAUGAGCUAGAGGCCAAUGGUUGGCUGGUGCAGGAGGAGAGGGAUGGCGUGUGGGGCGUCGGCAGCGACGGUGAAGACGGCGCUGAAGAGGACCCCCUGGAAGAGGAGUUCCCGCGCGGCCCGCCCAGCCCUGCGCAACGCCUUUUCAGCUCGCGGCCCAACACUGUGCCAUCGGAGCUUGUCAGCGACCUGUACGGCGAACCCGGGGCCAUGAGCCGCUGCCUGAGCCAUAGCCAUAGCUUCACGCUCAGCACCAGUGGCCGUCGCUGCAGCCGCCUGGGGUUGACCCUGAGCCGCGGCGGUGGCGCGUCCGCGAAACUCCGAGACAGCCUUGAGGACAGCAGUAGCCCGUUGGCGCCGGCAGCGCCUCCCAUGGUUUUGAGCAGUCCUCGGACCAGCCGAGCAAGUGCCAGGUUGGCACUGGGUAGUGCUGGCGGCGGCGGCGGUUGUGUCGGCGUGGGCGAUGUGGGUCGCGACAGCGUGCUGCUGGCCAGUGUUCGGAUGGACGCGGUGGAUGACUGGAUGGACUCGUUGCGGCGACAGCAGCGACUGUCGCGCGACGGCGGCACUUCGACGAGUCACAGUUGCAGCGGCGUCCCGCCGGGUUCGAGUCCGAGGGUGCUGCCGGUGGAGGAGAGCUUGUUUGCUGCAUCCGUUACCAGCUCCAUUACAGGGGGUGCGGCGUUGGCGGCGAUUGCACGGUUAAGCGUGGCAAAUGCGUCAGCGACUGGGGAGGAGCCAUCGGGGGCGGUGCAAGGAGAGGCUGCUGUGGCGCUGUCUGCCUCCUUUGAGGAUACGCUAUCGGCGUUUAUGGUAGAGCAGCAGACGGCGAUUAACCCUUCGCCCUCCAAGCCCGACCGUGACGAGAUAGACUUUACCACAUACGCUAAUCCCGUCUUCAAUCGGCCAUACACACUGGACAUGAGUUUUCAGUAG